AUGUCUCAGAACCAGCCCUACCCAGGAACGGGGCUUUCAAGCUCUCGUCACGCACCAUCUCCACUGCGUAACGAGAUCUUCUCAACCUUCCCUGCCGCCGUCCCCACCCGCGGCCAGGCGUUGACCAUCGCUCCGAAGGAGCAGAUCGAGUACAACCCUGACGCCCAGCUCGCCAUCAAGCAGAACCUUCAGCUCAAGGAUGCAGUCAGCGGCUACCUGGAGGAGUACAAUGGCUUCGUGUCCACCAUGGCCGAAGCCACGCACAAGCUACUCACUCUCAUCCGCGAGUCUGCCAACAGUGGUGGCCCGACCGAUAAGACUGCGGUCGAAGCCAUGGACAAGCUCUGGCAGGAACUGAAGCGCUUGUUUGGCAAGGUCCAGCAAGUGAAGGAUAUCAUGCCUAAUUUCCUUGAGCAGCAGAAGGAGAAUAUGAGCCUCUACCACAACUCCAUGAUGAACGAGAACAUGCACGACGUCCAAGAGGAGCUCAACAUGCAGUACAAGAAGGUCAAUAUUCAGCACUCUCUCAUCUUGGAGCACCAGGCUUCCUUCAAGCGCUACAAGGACCAGACUGAGGAGAAGCUUCAGCAGCUUACCGAGCUUACCGAGCGAGCAUCCCGCCUCAACCUGGAGAAGGGUCUCUUUCGUGCUGAGAUUGAGAAAUACCAGAAGCAAAUCGAAGAGAUUAAGUCUGGGGGUGAGAAGCAUAGCAAGGAGACUGCCGAACUCUCCAAGGAGCUUAAUGCGAUCCGUGAGGCCAAGUCUGCCUUGGAGAAGGACUGUGAUGAGGCUCGCAAGGCUAUUGCUGAGCUGAAGCAGCGUACUGAGAAGGGCAAUCAAGAGCUCCGCAAUGUGCACAGUAAGGAGCUUGCUGAGGCCAACACUCAGCUCAAGAAUGCGCUUUUCAAGCAUGAUACUCUAAAGACCCACAGCGCAACUCUCGAGAAGAAGAGCGCCGAUUUCGAGAAAGAGGCCAAGCAGAAAGAAGAGGAGUUGAACAUGGCCAAGGAUAAGUUCAACAAUCAAAGCCUCGAGUUCUCUAAACUCUUCCGGCAAUUGACCGAAAAGACAACCUACGUCUCCUCUCUCCAGAACGAGGUCAAACGCCUCGAUAAGGAAGUACAGGAGGCGAAGAAGAACGCCGCACAAGCACCAUGGGAGGAUCUACAGAAACAGGUCGCAGACCUUUCCGCCGAGAAGUCCAAGCUGGAGAGUGAGCUGGAGAAAUUCAAGGAACAGACACCGGGUAUCGAGGAGAAGCUUUCCAAAUCGAUCGCCGAGACCGAGGCACUCAAGAGGAGCAACAAGAAGUUGCAGCGAGACAAUGACGAGUUGGAGACGGAGGCCAACGAUCUUGCUGCCAAGAUUUCCGUUCUCAAGGCGACGCAGAAGAAUGGUACUACCGACACUUCUGCUUUACAGGAGGAGAACAAGAAGCUCCGCUCCGAUAUUGAGAAGUUGCAAGCCGACCAGGGUCAAGGCACCACUCCUCCUGGCCUGGAAGAUUUGGAGGGCCUAGGGCUGAAGCUGCGCACUUUUGAAGCUCAGCACACCAAGCUGACCGAGGACGUCGCAGCGUGGAAGGGUCUCGCUCACCGUUCGUACGAGGAGUUCAAGAAAUUGGCCGCCGAGUACGAGGAAGUGAAGGGCUUCAAAGACGAGUGCAUCAAGAAGGACGCUCAAAUCGAGAAGCUGACCGCCGAGCUCAAGAGCAACAAGCUCUCUAACGACAUGGCGGGAAUGGACAACAAGGACGCCGAAUACUGGAAGGCCAAGUAUGAGGGUGUUCUCUCCCAGUACUGA